AUGAACCUCAUAGUACCCAAGCGUAUCAACAUCGCCCGUGGAUUCAUCCCAUCCACAACCUCAUCAAUCAUCUUCACCAACAACAACAACAACAACAACAACAUCUCCACACAACCAUUCACUGCACACUUCACAACAUUCAGAACAAAGACAAACAAUUACAACAACAAUAACAAUGACAACAACAAAGAGAAUAAGAACUUUACAUUUGGAAGUAAUGCCAACAAGACAAGACUUGUAUCUAUUGUCUCGUUGUCGGCUGCAGUGGCUGCAGGCUCAGGCUCGGCAUUGAUGUGCCAGGAGAAGACACAAGUGCUACAGCAAGAGCUACCAAGGAGUAGGACACUCACCGAGGAGGAGUACAAUGAGUUGAAGUCCAACAAGAGACAGAAUGCUUUGGCCUCAUUCGCUGGUGCCACGGCAUUGUCUGGAUUCGCUGGAUAUUGCGCAGGCUAUGCCUCGCGUCGUCUUGGUCGCAUUGUAAUGUACGUGCUUGGUGUUCUCUUCAUCAUCGCUCAAACACUCUCCUACUAUGAAUACAUCGCCAUUGAUUGGGGUCGUGUCUGGCGUGACGCUUCGCCCAAGUUCACCAAAGAGAAGCAAAAGGACUUCUUGCGUCGCUUCCUCAAUCUUCUCACCAUGAACAUUCCAUUCAAAGUUGGAUUCGCUUCUGGAUUCUACAUUGGAUUCAAGUCCAAGGCUUAA